AAACUGAAAAAAAAUUAAGAGCGAAAAAGCGGAGAAAGGUGAUACUGAUACGGAUGCAUUGAAUAUUCGACUUCACUUUCUUUUCGCUUAUAAUCUACGCAUUCAAUUUGACUCGCUAUAUAUAAUAAAUGUCACACAAAAUACACUAUCAAUAAUGGAGUGGUCAAGCGUAAAUGGGUUGGGAAAUCUACCAAAGAUCAUCUUAACUUGUAUGGACGGAAGUGAGGCAGAGGUAUAUCUAUAUGGAGGCUGUGUUACAUCCUGGAAAAUAGAUGCCAAAGAUGUUCUUUAUCUUCGUCCCGACGCCAUAUUUAGCGGUGAGAAGCCGAUUAGUGGAGGAAUACCACAUUGCUUCCCACAGUUUGGACCUGGCCCAUUGCAGCAGCAUGGAUUCGCAAGGAACAUGGAGUGGUCUAUUGUUAGUGUUGAAAAUAUGCAAAUUAAUCCUUGUGUAACUCUCGAGCUGAAAGACAAUCCCUACAGCCGUAGUAUGUGGGAUUAUGGUUUUCAUGCUCUAUACAAGGUGACUCUAGGCACACACACUCUCUCAACAGAGAUUAAAAUCACAAAUACUGAUCAAAUCCCAUUUUCAUUUACUACUGCCUUGCAUACAUACUUUAGAGCUUCAGCAGCAGAGGCGUCUGUUAAAUACUUAAAAGGUUGCAAGACAUUGAACAAACAACCUGAUCCAAAAAAUCCAGUGGAGGGUAAGGAGGAAAGGGAUGUUGUCACAUUUCCGGGAUUUGUAGAUUGCAUCUAUCUUGAUGCUCCUGACGAACUGCACCUGGAUAACGGCUUGGGUGAUUCGAUUACUAUUAGGAAUACCAAUUGGUCUGAUGUUGUUCUGUGGAAUCCUUAUCUGACGAUGGAAUCAUGUUACAAAGAUUUUGUGUGCGUCGAAAAUGCCAAGAUUGGAGAAGUUGAGCUACAACCUAACCAAUCAUGGACUGCUGUGCAACAUUUGAUCAAGACUUGAAAUGCAAUGGUCGACCAGAAUGCCUAAUCAAAUAAGGUCGUCUUUGCACAUCUGUUUUAUCUAAUUAGAAAAUACCAUGUAUGUCUUGGAAUAGGUUUGUGCUGUACGUGACUGGUUAAUUUUAAGACAAAUUAUGUUAUCGCUUUCGAUUAGGAUCUA